AAUGUGACGAAAAAGGAACGUAAAACUGUGUUUUUCUUUUUCCUUCCUCCAACCAAUCAACUUAAUUAUUAAUCCGAUCUAAAACUCAUACCUCAGUCAGUGCUGACAGAACAUGUUUCACAACUGUUGAAUUCCUUCAUUUUUAUUUCAUCCCAAAAAAAAAAAACAAAAAUGGCUUUGAGAGCCAGUGGAACACUGAUUUUAGGUUGUCUAAUUUGGAUUUUCUUCCUCUGUGCAACAAUUGCAUUCUUUCAGCUCAAAUUGGUUGAAAACAGAACCACCCAUCAUGCUUCUUCUCAUGAUAAGUUAACCAAUCAUCAAUCAGAUACCCUUUUGGAAGAUGAUUUGGAGGGUGUGACACAUAAAGUGUAUUUUGAUGUUGAGAUCGAUGGAAAAUUAGCGGGUCGCAUAGUCAUGGGACUUUUUGGGACCACAGUACCGAAAACUGCAGAAAACUUCCGUGCGCUUUGUACAGGAGAGAAAGGAGUAGGAAGAAGUGGAAAGCCUCUUCACUAUAAAGGGAGUGCAUUCCAUAGGAUAAUACCAAGCUUCAUGGUCCAAGGGGGUGAUUUCACCCUUGGUGAUGGAAGAGGUGGAGAAUCAAUCUAUGGCGAUAAGUUUGCUGAUGAAAACUUCAAGCUGAAGCAUACUGGGCCAGGAUACUUAUCGAUGGCAAAUUCCGGGCAAGACACCAAUGGCUCCCAGUUUUUCAUAACAACAGUAAAAACCAGCUGGCUUGAUGGGCGCCAUGUUGUAUUCGGCAAAGUGCUUUCUGGUAUGGAUGUUUUGUACAAGAUUGAAGCAGAAGGAAGUGAAAGUGGCUCUCCCAAACGUAAGGUUGUCAUAUUAGACAGCGGGGAAUUAACUUCAUGAUAUGGUUUAAAUAUAAGUUGAGACUGAUUCUACUGUGAUAACUAGUGUCAGUUUUUUACAUGAUUCACAAAUACCUUGUGUAUACUUUUAUCAUUUAGUAAAUGAAAACAAAAUUUGCAGACCAAAA